AUGUCGUGUGCAAGAGGGCUAUCGUACGCACUCCGUCGUUCCGGGACGACGGGGCGCCGAAAUAACGUCGCUCAUUACCUCCCACGCACAGCUAUCGCGCACUUCUCCUCCGCUCCAAGCCUCCGUCUCCCCGAAACCGCCAACGUACCAACCUCGAAACAGGCAAAGUUUACUACCGAUGCGUAUCCAAAAUUGAAAAGAGACCCAAGCUUUUCGCAAUUGACUGGAGAACAUGUCCAAUUCUUCAAGGAUCUGCUUGGAGGAGGCUCUGCAGUGGUGGACGGAGUCACAGCAGAUGCUACGGACGAUAUCGAGCCCUUCAACCGAGACUGGAUGAAAAAAUACCGCGGACACGCAAAAUUGGUACUAAAGCCUAAGUCUACACAGGAAGUGAGCAAAAUACUGCAAUAUUGCAAUGCGCAGAAGCUCGCAGUGGUGCCUCAGGGUGGGAAUACCGGGUUGGUGGGCGGAUCGGUCCCGGUGUUUGACGAAAUCGUCGUCAACCUUUCUCGGAUGAAUAAUAUUCGAUCAUUUGACGAGAACUCGGGGGUUCUGGCCGUUGAUGCGGGUGUGAUAUUAGAAGUGGCAGAUACAUUCUUGGCCGAAAAGAACCAUAUCUUCCCUCUCGAUCUAGGUGCAAAAGGUUCAUGCCAUAUUGGCGGCAAUGUUGCAACGAAUGCUGGUGGGCUACGGCUACUCCGUUAUGGAAGUUUACACGGUAAUGUUCUUGGGAUUGAGGCGGUACUACCUGACGGUACGAUAAUGGAGGAUAUGUCCCUACUGAGGAAGAAUAACACGGGUUACGAUUUAAAACAGCUAUUUAUCGGAGGUGAAGGGACGAUAGGAAUCAUCACCGGAGUUUCGAUUAUAUGUGCUCAACGACCAAAGGCAACAAAUGUUGCAUUCUUUGGACUGGAGAGCUUUGAACUUGCUCGCAAAGCGUUUUUGGAGGCAAAGGGGCAGUUAUCAGAGAUUCUGUCCGCUUUCGAAUUGAUGGAUGGGGCAAGUCAAGAUGCGGUUCGUCAAGUGACCGGCUUGAAACACCCACUUGAAGGGUCAUAUCCAUUCUAUUGCCUUGUUGAAACAAGUGGCUCAAAUGGCGAACACGAUAGCGAGAAGCUGGAAGCUUUUCUCGAGCAUGUGAUGGGUGAAUCCAUCGUUGCGGAUGGCGUAUUAGCCCAAGAUGAAUCACAAGCUCAAGCACUUUGGCGUUGGCGUGAAGGCGUGACUGAAUCCCUCAGCCAUCUAGGCGGCACAUACAAGUACGACGUCUCGAUACCACUAACAGAGCUAUACCAGCUUGUUGAAGAUACGCGAGAACGACUCACCAAGGCGGGCCUCAUUGGAGAUGAUGACAGUUUCCCCGUUCAUAAAGUUGUUGGUUACGGACAUAUGGGCGAUUCGAACCUCCAUCUGAACGUUGCGGUGCGCCAGUACAGCAAGGAAGUCGAAAAGGUGAUCGAGCCUUGGGUAUACGAGUGGAUCUCGAAGCGCAAUGGCAGUAUCAGCGCAGAACACGGCUUAGGAAUCGCAAAGAAGGAAUAUAUCGGGUACAGCAGGAAUGAGACAAUGGUUAAACUGAUGCAGCAACUAAAGAAGCUCUAUGAUCCGGGGUUCCGCGGUUGGCUUUCCGAGCUAGCGGAUUUAGCUACGGCUGUUGCCAUAGACGACGAUGUUGACGACCUCGAAUGCUGCAAAAUUGGCAUCUUCCAUGCUCAAGUACAGGUCGAGCUGCAGCUUUUGAGGAUCAGAGACGUCGCCGUCGACAACACAUCACUUCCUCUCACAGGAGCCUCUCGAGGUCGCGAUCAAGCGCCUUCGAGCUACGUCCUUCCUCCGACCUGGGAUAGGGCGAAGUACCAGAUGCUGGAGGAGCUUGGAAGUGGAAGCUUUGGAACUGUUUAUAAAGCCAUUGACCGGGCUACGGGAGAGAUUGUUGCUAUCAAACAUAUUGACCUCGAGUCCAGCGAUGACGAUAUACAAGAAAUCCAGCAGGAAAUUACGGUGCUGUCGACUUGCGCCAGUCCGUAUGUCACGCAAUAUAAGACAAGUUUCCUCCGCGGAUAUAAAUUAUGGAUUGUGAUGGAAUAUCUAGGAGGAGGAUCUUGCUUGGACCUGCUCAAACCAGGGGUAUUCAACGAGGCGCAUAUCGCUAUUAUCUGCCAGCAACUUCUACUUGGUUUAGACUACCUUCAUCAAGAGGGCAAGAUCCAUCGUGAUAUCAAGGCUGCGAACGUCCUCCUUUCGCACACUGGAAAGGUGAAGCUGGCGGACUUUGGUGUUGCCGCCCAGCUCACAAACAUCAAAUCGCAACGAAACACCUUCGUCGGAACCCCAUUUUGGAUGGCGCCGGAAGUUAUUCAGCAAGCAGGAUAUGAUUUCAAAGCAGAUAUUUGGUCCCUUGGUAUUACCGCAAUGGAGAUGAUAAACGGCGAACCACCACAUGCGAGCACACAUCCGAUGAAGGUGCUGUUCUUGAUACCAAAGGCAUCUGCCCCGCGGCUAGAAGGAGCAACUUACAGCUGGCAACUCAGAGAUUUCAUCGCGCAGUGCCUGGAGAAGGACCCCGAUAAGCGUCCGACUGCAAAGGAAUUGCUUAAGCACAAGUUUAUCCGCGGUGCAGGAAAAACCGAGGCUCUCCAAGAGCUCAUUCAACGCCGGCAAGAAUGGGAGGCCACCAAAGGUCUUGCAGCUAACAUCAAAUACUAUGCUGAACCAAUGGAUACACUCACAAAUAAAAACGUUGACGAUGAUGCUUGGGUUUUCGAUACGAUAAAACCUGGCGCCGGAACACCAUCGAAGAGCUUACAUACGAAGAGGCAGCCAUCAGUCUCCGUCCCUGAAUACGUUGACGAGCCGUCUGAGCCGAUGCGCAACUUGAACCUUGAAAACGAGACACCUAGUCCAAGGCCUGUUGCCAACUUGAACCUUGAAAACGAGACACCUAGUCCAAGGCCUGUUGCCAACUCAACUGUCCGCCGUACGCGGGGUACAGUGAGUAGAUCAUCAUCUAAACGCUCGACACGACGACGAUCUAGUGGCGUCAAACAGCCCUUGGGCCUAGACAUGACUUUCGGGAAUACGCCUUCGACUGUGAGGCAGUUUCGUCGGGUCUCCGACAAACAGAGCUCUAUCAGUAGCACGGCCGGGUUUAUUCCAGGGAUGAGUGAGAACUCUGCACCUAAAACACUCUUCAGCGAACCCAACAGCAAAGAAGCGAUCUUGGGUCGGAGAAUGUAUAACGUGGGUGUCGGCCUGACUUGCCAGGAGGUGUUGGCGAAUACCUGCGACCAGGAGAAACGGGAGGCAAUAUCUAGGCUAGCAGAGGCAUUUAGUGACCUUGAAAUGAUUGAUCCUGAAGGAUUAUAUCAGAUAGUCAAAUCCUCGUAUGAAAAACUGCAGGCUGACCCCAAAUUAUCCACUGUUUUCCCAAAACCGACGCCGGAAUCACCGCAGAAACCAAGGCUUGUCCUUGCUCAGAACAAUCCCCAUCUGAAAAGUCACAGACGGCGUCAAUCUGUUCAGGUUCAAUCGGAUCAGGGUUGGCAAUCUGGAAAUAACGUUCCCGGCCAACACCCACCUGGCAUGGAGCAUACCAAACAACUUGCUGACGUACUAUAUACUCGCUGGACGGACGGCCUCCGAAACAGAUGGCCUGCGGUAUAA